ACAAUGAAAGGGAAAGAGGCAGAGGGAGGAGGUGAGAAACCAGAGAGUUAUAAGAAGCAGAGUCAGAAGGACAGAGAGACAGUCGUCCUCUCAGAUUGAAAGGCAGACUACAAAGGAAGAGAAAUGAAGGCUGUUCUUGUGCUGCUGGUCUGUGUGGCCACUGUCUGUGCACUGGAUGUGUGGCAACACUGUUCAGCCCGCUUCCCCCAAGCCUGCCCUAUUCAGAAAUAUAAGGACUGGUACAGCGUGGGCUCACUGUGUGUGAAAUACUACAACACUGCUCUCAACUACUCUGAUGCCGAGUUCGCCUGCAGAAAGGAAGUCCCAGGAGGUCACCUAGUGUCAGUCCACAGUAACCAGUCCAACACUGACCUUCUGUGUGUCGUCAUGAAGUACAACAACACCAACCCUCGUAUCUGGCUGGGAGCCUUUGAACUCUUCAGAACUGGACUGUUUGUCUGGACCGAUGGUACUGACUGGAAUUACUGGAACUGGGUGCCUGGUCAGCCUGACAAUACAGCCAAUGCUGAGGACUGUGUGGAGAUGAACUGGAAGAACACAGGGAAGUGGAACGAUGAUCGCUGCUUUUACAAGAAGAACUAUAUCUGUGCCUUCAAGAACAGAGCAUGAGAAAUUGAAAGGAGCCACCUGAACUGCUUUGCUGCUCUGCUUUCCACAAGAGACACAGGGUCUGGAUACAGAAGGAGAGAGAGAGAGAAUGAUGAGAGGGACUGAGAGAGGAAGAGAGGGAGAGGCUGUGGACGGUGUUUCUUGUUCUGCUUUGCUUGUUCUCAAUAGAGGCUCCACUGUCAUCUCCUCUGGGAGAAACCCAUCAGGUGCUCAGUGAGAGCAGCUUCCACUGCUACUGAUUGUGAAGAAACUGCACAAAAAUAAUAAAAAAUACAGCAAACCUCAAAA